UUAACGCGCUUUCGUAUUUUUGGAAACGGAAAGAAAGAAGCAUGGAGACAGGCGAUGGGUGCGCUUGAAUGUCACCGAUAGAUAGUAAAUACAACUCUGCGUUAUCUAACUUCCAAAUUCAAGUAUUUCAGUCACCACCAGAACGUUUGACAGAAUGCCUCGAGCGAAUCUCAUGUGAGAUUCGCCUUUUGAUGGUAACAUUGGUAACAAACGAUGGUAACAUUUCACAUGGACAGCUGUAGUUGUUAUAGCUUCUACCGAGAAUAGGGUCUACACAUAACCUAGCUAUCUACAAUGGGCAGAGCCUAUCAGCUAUGUAACAUUUGUUGUGAUUUGUUUUGAAUCAUAAUGUUGCCAUGCUCUUGGGGAUUGUGGAGAAGCGCUAUUCACACCCUCAAGACAUUCAGCAGAGCAUCUCCAUCAGCGAGGGGCCUGUGUAUCCCGACCAGAGCGGUAUGCGAUGCUGAGACCAUCUUUGCCCUGUCGUCAGGCCACGGCAGGUGUGGUGUGGCGGUGGUCCGUGUCAGUGGUCCUGCCUCCUCCAUGGUUCUGAGAAACAUGGCAGGUCUGACCCAGGCUCUACCCCCUCCUCGUACCGCCCUGCUACGGAGGAUCACUGACCCCCAGUCCAAAGAGCUGCUGGACCGAGGACUGGUCCUCUGGUUCAAAGGUCCCCACAGCUUCACAGGGGAAGACAGUGCAGAGUUUCAUAUUCACGGAGGUCCUGCAGUCAUCACAGCUGUCUUACAAGCCCUAGGAAGCCUGGAGGGUGUGAGGCCUGCGGAGGCAGGGGAGUUCACGCGGAGGGCCUUCCACGCGGGGAAACUGGGCUUGACGGAGGUGGAGGGCCUGGGGGACCUGAUCCACGCUGAGACUGAGGCCCAGAGGAGGCAGGCCCUCAGGCAGAUGGAUGGGGAGCUGGGUCGCCUCUACCAGGACUGGAGUUACAGGCUCAAACGGUGUUUGGCUCACGUGGAAGCCUUCAUAGACUUCAGUGAAGAUGAGCUCAUCGAGGACGGGGUGUUAAAUCAAGUGGACAGUUCAGUGCGCCAGCUGGAGACAGAGAUAGAGAGACACCUAAAGGACGAGAGGAGAGGAGAGCGGCUGCGCACCGGAGUACAGGUGGUGAUAGCAGGAGCUACCAAUGCUGGGAAGAGCAGUCUGCUCAACACGCUCUGCCAGCGUCCAGCAGCCAUCGUGUCCCCCAUCGCGGGCACCACCAGGGACAUUGUGGAAACCUCUCUGGACAUUGGGGGCUUCCCUGUCCUCCUGAGUGACACCGCAGGGCUCAGAGACUCCUCGGACAGCGUGGAGAGAGAGGGGGUCCGUAGAGCCCGCCAGAGGGUGGAGCAGGCUGAUCUGACCCUAGUAGUGGUGGACUCCACCCAGCUACCCCCAGACCCUCAGGUAGUAGCAGCCUUCCUCCAGGAGCACCUCAGCACUGUGCUGCCCAGCCCUGAGGCCGGCAUGAAGGCUGCCUCAGACAGGGUCCUGCUGGUGCUCAACAAGAGUGAUCUGGUACCUGAGGGGCAGAGGGAAAGAACAGAGGGAGAGCUGAGAGAGAGACCGGGUCUCCCUCCUGCAUGUUUUCUGUCCUGCUCUACCAGUACAGGACUGGAGGAUUUCCUCACUGUGCUGCAGAGCAGGGUCAAGACUCUGUGUGGUGACCCUCUGAGCGGAGCUCCCAGUCUGACCCAGGCCCGUCACAGAGCCCACCUCCAGCAGAGUGUCCAGGCCCUGAACCAGUACCACCAGUACAGAGACCAAGACCUGGCCCUGGCCGCAGAGGGGGUCCGCCUCGCCCUCACCCACCUGGGACGCAUUACAGGACGGGUCGGAGCCGAGGAGAUCCUGGACAUCAUAUUCAGAGACUUCUGUAUAGGGAAAUAAAUGGUUGAACGUGGAUACAUCUCAUGCAGAAAGGACACUAGAUCACAUGACUCGCACACUAGAUCACAUGACUCUCACACUAGAUCACAUGACUCUCACACUAGAUCACGUGACUCUCACACUAGAUCACAUGACUCUCACACUAGAUCACGUGACAGGGUGGAACACUAACACAGACUUUAAGUGUAGUUAUUCUAGCAAUAUACCAAAAUGUAACUAGUGUAUUUCAUUGUUUGUCCUGAUCAUUUGAACUGGUGGAUCUCAACUCUAGCCAGACUGAAGAAGUGUAAACAUCUUAGCAUAUCAUCUGUGACUGUCUACUGAGUCACUGUUUGAGUCAUCAUCGUUCUGUGGGAAAUAAACGGUUUGGUAGGCGAUCAUCUCUGUGUUAAGUGGGAAAUAAAUGGUUUGGUAGGCGA